AUGCCCCCAAAACGCAAAGCAGCAUCCAACGCCGCAAUAGCCGCGGAAUACACAGACGUCUCCGGCGACGCGCCAAACAAGCGCUCGCGCAUCUCGAAGCCUCUCCCCAAAGCCUUCACAAUCAUAGCGCCACCCACCGAAGCAAUCGCCAAAAACACUGAAAAUGGCGCACCUGGGGAAGCCAUCAAGAAGGAAGAAGUCACCUUCGACCACUCGCGGCCUGAAGAACGCGCCGGCAUCGUAGACAGACGCUACUAUCCCGCCGAGAUGAGCAACGAGCGAUGCGCAAUGUACAACGCCGACGAGAUACCCCGACCGAUUGAGAUUCUGAACAACACGUUGGAAGAGACGAAUGCGGCGCGGCAGGCGAUACGGACGGGGAAGGGUGGCGACGCGGUGAUACAUUGGUUUAAGCGUGACUUGCGCGUGCGGGAUAACACUGGUUUGUCGCAAGCCGCUACGCUUGCGAAAGAGAAGGGUGUUGGCGUGAUUGGUGUCUGGAUUAUGAGUCCGCAGGAUUGGGAGGCGCAUUUGGUUAGCCCUGCGAAAUGCGACUUUGAGCUUCGAUCUGUGGAGUGCUUGAGGAGGGAAUUGGAUGAGCUGGAUAUACCGCUGUAUGUCGAGACAGUAGAGAAGAGAAGGAAUGUCACUACGCGAUUGGUGGAGCUGGCGCAGGAGUGGAAUGUUAAGAGUGUAUUUUGCAAUCUGGAGUAUGAGCCAGAUGAGCUGCGGCGAGAAGAAAGGCUUGUGCGAUUGAUGCUGGAAGCAGGCGUUAGUUUCGACCCCUACCAUGACGAUUGCGUGGUGCCGCCGGGGAGCCUUAAAACAGGCGGUGGGAAGCAGUACGCAGUGUAUAGUCCGUGGUUUCGACAGUGGAUUGCGCAUCUCCACGCUCACCCGCAGCUACUCGAGGAGCGGCCUAUGCCGUCCAAGAACCCUGCAGGCUUCCGCGAAAAGUUUAGCAGCCUUUUCAACUCUCAUAUCCCAGAGGCGCCGGAGUCCAAACGCCUAUCUCCAGAAGAAAAGGAUCAACUUGGACAUAUGUGGCCAGCAGGUGAAGCGGCAGCCCUCGAUCGCCUCGGACGCUUCCUGGCCGAGAAGGUCCGCCAAUACGCAGCCACACGUAACUUCCCGGCGCUGAACACCACAGGGAGGGUCAGUGUGCACCACGCAGCUGGUACGCUGGCGGCGCGGACAAGUGUCAGGACAGCGAGAGAUGUCAACUCAGCGAAGAAGCUUGACGGUGGGAACGAUGGGAUCAAAGGUUGGAUCAGCGAGGUUGCAUGGCGAGACUUCUACCGCCAUGUCCUCGUGCAUUGGCCGUACACCUGCAUGAACAAACCCUUCAAAUUCGAGUACACAAACAUCGACUGGGAAUACAGCGACUCGCACUUCCAGGCCUGGACACAAGGCCGCACCGGCUACCCCAUCGUCGACGCAGCAAUGCGCUGCCUCAACGCUACAAAAUACAUGCACAACCGGCUCCGCAUGAUAACCGCGUCCUUCCUCGCCAAGCAUCUCCUCCUCGACUGGCGUCUAGGCGAACAGUACUUCAUAACGCAUCUUAUCGACGGGGAUUUUGCGUCCAACAACGGCGGCUGGGGUUUUUCGUCCUCGACAGGCGUGGAUCCGCAGCCGUACUUUCGCGUGUUCAAUCCAUGGCUGCAGAGUGAGAGGUUCGAUGCUGACGGGGCGUUCAUCAGGGAGUGGGUGGAGGAGCUAAGGGAAGUUGAGGGGGUGGAGAUACACAAUCCCUACGCGAAGCGCGGGAUCGCGGCGGGGAUUGCGAGGAAGAAUGGGUACCCGGAGCCGAUUGUCGAGCAUAAGAUGGCGAGGGAGAGGUGUCUUGCGCGAUACAAAGCGGGCAUUGGGAGGGAGACGGCGUAAUGUAACGUUGCACAACUCAUUAUUCUCGUAUCCAGUAGAUACCAGCACCACACCUCGCAAAGCGCGGUAAACAGCCCAUGCAAUUCUCUCUGUGUAACCUCAAUCCUCGCCGUCAGCGUGCAUACCGUUAAAGUGUACCUAUAUGCUCUCACACAGUGCAGAUCUUGACGAGUCGAUGAGUCAUUUUUGCAUGUUCAAUACAUACUGACUGCAUUAUCACUAUCAUUAUCAUCAUCACCU